GUCAAAAGGCUUGAUAAAGGCGUCUUCACCGUUCCCAGAUCCCAUGCGGCACUGCAGCGUGGCUUCUAAAAAAUUGAGUUCGAAGGUCACAGCAACUUUUUGAUUUAGUACUGGGUCAACGUGUAUUCUACGGUCGCUCCAACACCAACUUGCUUGUUCUCAAGUGAUCAAAUCAAACACAAGCGAUCAUUGAAAGCACCAGCGAAUAAAUUUCGGGCACAACACCACCCUUUUUCAACGACCAACAAUCUUUAGAAUAACAUUACGAGACCAUCAAAGAGAGAGAUGAGCAGUACCAACCCAACAGCCACCAAGAAGAAGAUGGCGGGAAGACCCAACCAGUUUGAAGACGCUGAAGAGGAGACUGAUGAGCUCCUUUCAAACAAAACCGAAGCAUCCGCUGAAGAAACACCUGUGGGCGAAGAGUCACCAAGCAGCAGCGACGAAGCAGAAGAAAAGGCUCCCACGGAGCCUCAAGAGACCAAGGAUGAUGAUGCUACCAAGGAGGACGAUGCCACCGAGAAUGAUGAUGCUACCAUGAAGGAUAGUGAUUCCAAGGAUGAUAAGAAGGAAGAAGACAAGAAGGAAGGAGAUAAGGAAGAGGCAACCAAGAAAGAAACACCCUCGGAAGCUAAAGAAGUAUCCGAAGCGCCCUCUGAAGACAAGAGCUCAGAGAAGGCGGACUCUUCGUUUCCCCCCGCGGCCAAGAGUCCGGAGGACAAACCAGAGAGACCCCUGACCACCCCUGAUCCACCUGAAGACGACAAGAAGAAGGUUAAGAAGGAGGAGCCAUCCACUGGCAGUCCUUUGGAUGCCCUGGCCUCCAUGGCAUUAGCUGCUGAGCAACCCAAGCCGAAGAAGAAGAAGAAGCAAGAGGAACUUCCUCCUCCGCCACCGAUAAAGGAGCCCACUAUUCCCUUCAAGGGCGCCCCGCCAACAAAGUUUCUCAAAACGGAGGGUCCUAAGCAGAUGGAGGGCACACGAGUUCGAGCUGAAGACAUUAGUUGCACUGACGUGUUGUGUGGGCGUGGAGGUCAGUCCAAUCAUCAUCCCGGCAACAUCUUUUUCCGCAGAUUGGUGCGUGCCAAACAGGAAGAGUACCUCAAGGCCAACAAGCGAGAGAAAACAGUCGUGGCAAAGGACAUUGUCAAGUUGAUUCGUCUGCUCAGCCCUGGAGGAAGAUUCCUCAAGAAGGAUCCAAAGGACGAGAACGUCUAUGUCGAUGUCGGUGACACUCAGGCACGCAACAAGGCCUCACAGGCUCUCCGCGAAGGAGCACCUGAACUCCGUGAAGAGCUUCGAGACCAACACAGUCGAAUGAACGCUGAAAGGGGAGGAGGACCAGAGGUAAAGUUGCCGUAUCACGGAAGCGGCCGUUCCAACGCAGCUUCGGAGAUGAAGAAAGAAGCCGAUGGGGCUGUUGCUCGAAGUGCCCACGCGGCGGCUGCUGCCGCGGCUCACCACGGGAUGUUCCUUCCUGCAUUCGCGGCUGCUGACGCUCGUGCUGCUGCAGCUUUACGUGCCCGUGGGGAGGGCAAUAACGAGUCCUCUGAUGAUCCGAAUGCCGAAGACGGUGCAGACCCAUCUCGUUCAGCUGCAGCGGUUCACGCGGCAGCCGAGGAGAGGGCUAGGCGUUUGAUGUUGGCGUCCAUGGGGCAACCUGGUCUGGGACCCCCCUUCUUCAGCCCUCAUUUCGGUCUUGGUGGCCUCGGAGGUCUCGGUGCAAUGAAUCCGUUCUUGGCACAGCACACGUCUGCAGCUCAGUUGCAAGCUGCAGCUGCGUUGCAGGCCGCGGGUGGUUCGCACCUUCUGUCUCCCCAAGCGCUGAUGAUGGCUGCUGCGGCCCAGCAGCCGUCGGCAGCAGCGCUGUUGCAUGCAAGCAGGGCUCGUGACCUCGCAAAUCACAUCGAUGCUGCAAACUAUGCAGCUGCAACAGGCAACGCGAAUGCGGACGGUGAAUCCAGCAACCACAAAACCAGCGACAACAAGAAAAAGCGUGAAAGGGACGAAAUUGAACGAGGAGAAUCUGAUGAGAAAUUCACGAAAGCCGCCAAGCUCAGUCGGCAAUACCGUUAGGGUGUCCCAGUGGCGAGAUAUCCACAUUGCGUGACAUACAGUCCACGGCUCGGUUUGCUGGAAUACGGGGGUUGUACUGCAUAUUGUUACAUAUCGUUGCGUAAUAAAGGAAGAGUCUUUCCAACAUAGCGCGUUAGCUUCUUCAAGCUUACACUCUACUAUAGUGCUGUGGCUGUUUCCGUUGCUU